UCUUUCCUUGUAGUGGAUCAAUAACUGCAUAGGAAGAAAAAAUUACAAAAGGUUCUUCAUCCUCAUGGUGUUUGCUCUUCUCUUGCUUAUUCUGCAGUGGGCUGUUGGGAUGCUUGUGCUGAUACUGUGUUUUGUUGAGAGAAGGAGAUUUUCUGCUGAAAUUGUUUCAAAGCUGGGUAGUAGCUUUUCCUUGGCACCCUUUAUCAUUGUGGUGGCUGUGUGCACUUUAUUAGCCAUGGUUGCUACUCUUCCAGUUGCACAACUUUUCUUCUUCCAUAUUCUUUUAAUAAAAAAGGGAAUCAGCACCUAUGAUUACAUUAUUGCUUUGAGGGAGCAAGAUCAGGAGCAGGAGCAACUUGCUGUUGGUGGGCAGCAAAGUCCGCAAAUGUCCCAAGUGAGCUCUUUUACUGGACUAAGCAGCACCAGUUCUUUCAAUCAAUUCCAUCGCGGUGCAUGGUGUACUCCGCCAAGAUUAUUCCUUGAGGAUCAGGGGAAGUGA